AAGUGGUAGCUAGCUAGUCAGGUAGCUGAAUGACUUAACGUUACACGUUGGAAGUAAACCAACGGCUUAAGUAACGUGUUCGGCAACAACUCUCGGAACAUAAUUCGCUCAACAGCUAGUUAACUAGCCAUGGCUAGGGCUACAUAGCCAGUCAGCCAUAUUUAUAGCAUAGUUCUGUUACUUGUACUGUAUGUACUUAGUUUGUGAGGUAGAUAACGAAAUUAUUAUUGCUUGCCAGCGAAUAGUCAGCACUAACUUAACUAGCUGUAGUUAGAAAGAAGUGUCCCGUUAGUUUGCUGAUUAGCUGGUAUGCCUUUCCCUCAACUCUGAAGAUUUCCUGUCUAAUGGCAAAGGGAAUCCCAGCCAUAUGGAAGCGCAGUGAAAGCUGUGCGUUUGAACUAACGGUAGCUGGUUUGUUGAAUAGUUUUAUUUUUAUAUUGCGUAUCUAGCGAGUUAACAUUCGUUUCUGUACUUGCUAAAUAGUUGGCUUUCUAGAUUGCUAUCACCAUUGUUGCUACUAAGGUAGCCAGUCUCUAGCAGAGUUGCCAUUUUUAUGUGACACUGUCUAACGUGCUCAUAAUUCUCCAAACACUUAUUUCAAGUUGUAUUCUAUAAAAUGUCUCUGCAGUCAUAGGUAACACUUUGGUGACUAUCGAAGUAUCGUAAUCAAGCUUAGCUAAGUAACAGGUUCUUUUCUCGCAUUUAGCUAUUCUAGCUGGUUAGCUAGCUGCACGUUGAAUUAAAUGCAUUACAUUUUCUUUACUGGCUAUGUAUUUUAGCAGCAGUCCGGGUCCUGGGCGUUUCAGGCACAUCCAAAAAAUUUGGGGACAUGAGCUAGCCAGCUAGUGUUAGACGUGUCAGACGCAUGCCUGCUCACCACUUUGAUCGAACAUCCCUGAAAACCUGCUGUGCAUAUUUUUUUUACUAGAUACAUUACCUUGAUUGUCAUAGUAAAUUGCUAGCUGUGUAGUUAAAUCGAAGCGUACAGUUGUAAGCGCGUUAAAUCACCGUGGACAGCCAGGUAAAACAUAUUUUGAACGAAUGUACCAAAAAAUACCGGUUUGUCAAAAUUGUUCAAUGUUAAGGCUUGACAACAUUUGCAACACUUGAAACAUUUGCAUUGCAUAGCUAACCAAUCUUAUAGGGAUAUUUAGUAAUUAUAGUUGUAGUGAAAUGCCUUAUCACUCCAAUGUUUAACCCAUAAAGAUGCAGUUCUUCAAAUUAAGGUCAAAGAAAAAAAAAAAAAACAGUCCCUUUAACACACUGAGGAUAGCAGUGUGUUGUGCUCAACAUGCACUGCCUUCUCAAACCACUGGGAAAGUAAUGCACUGCAGUGAGAGGGGCAGAAGGGGUUUGCUUGUCUUUACCUCCCCGUUCUACCCUCCUUCAGGCUCUCUCCGACAGGAGGUUCUUCAGCUGCAGCUGUCGGCCAAGGCCACUCUGCAGGGUAAAGGUACAGGUGGGCGGAAUGGGGUGAAGGGUGAGUCCGGAGCAAGUGACGACGACCUGGCCAGCGAUGUCCUGAGUCACUACAGCAGUGCCAGCGAGAGCGCCUCUGUGCUGGAGGAGGGCACGGGCAUGGAGCCAGUAGAUGAGCAGACUGCCCAAGAGGAGACUGAGGACAAGCUGAAGCAGUGCAUUGACAAUCUAAUGGACAAAAGUGCAAAAACUCGCCUGGCUGCCUUGGAGAGUCUCAGACAGGCCUUCUCCUCCAGGCUGUUAUACGACUUCCUCCUGGAACGCAGGCUUACACUGAGUGACUGCCUGGAAAGGAGCCUGCGCAAGGGUGGUGGAGAGGAGCAGGCCGCCGCUGCGGGCGUGUGCGCCCUGCUGUGUGUGCAGUUGGGUGGGGGAGAUGAGGGCGAGGAGGGCUUCAGGCUCCUCAGGCCUGUCCUCAGCUCCAUCCUGAGUGACAGCUGUGCCAGUGUUGCUGCCCGUCAGAGUUGUGCUACAGCUCUGGGAAUGUGCUGCUAUGUUUCUGCUGCUGAGGAUGCAGAGGACUUGGUGAAAUCCCUAAGCCACCUGGAGAACGUGUUCACCAGCUCAUACCCAAAUUGCGAGGGCGCUCUGCCGGCCACCAAGGCAGGCACCCCUGGACUCCACUGUGCCGCCCUGCAGGCAUGGGCACUGCUUGUGACCUUGUGCCCUGCCUCCCGCCUCAGCACAUUACUUGACAUACACCUACCCAAGCUGCAGGCCUGCCUUGAGUGCAGCGAUGUCAACUACAGGAUUGCUGUGGGGGAGACCAUCGCCCUGUUGUUUGAACUGGGACGAGACAUUGACCGGGACUUUCAGUAUGAUGACAGCGACGCGCUGUGCGAACUCCUGAAGGGCCUGGCAACCGAUGGGAACAAACACAGAGCUAAGAACGACCGGCGGAAGCAGCGGUCUAUCUUCCGAGAGGUUUUGAACUACAUUGAGAAUGAAGACUUCACAGAGGAGAAGAUCCGGUUUGGCGUGGAGGGUAUCUACAUUGACAGUUGGAUACGUAGGAGGAUCUAUGAUGCCUUCAAAGAGGUUCUAGAAUCUGGAGUGAGACACCACUUGCAGUAUAACCAGCUGCUGAGGGACAUCUUUGAGCUGGGGCCUCCUCUGAUUCUGGAUGCUUCCGUCAAGGCCAGCAGGAUCUCCCGUUUUGAGAAGCACCUGUACAACUCAGCUGCAUUUAAAGCCAGGACUAAACUAAGGAACAAAGUGAGGGACAAGCGAGCAGAUGUGAUGUGAGAGUGGCAAAGAGAUGGAACUCAGACCAGCCCAGGGGGACAACAGCACUAGGGCGAAAAACACUAGCCCAAUGAUCUAUCGUUUCACUUGAAAAAAAAAAAAAAAAAAAUGCUGCUGCCAAAACCGGGACAUUGCAAACAAUGCCAAUGUGUGUGUGUGUGUUUUUGUGUGUGUGCGUGCGUGUGUGGAUUUUUUUUUUUUUAUUUAACACCACCAAAUAAAACAAAACAGCCAAUGGGAAGAAUAGAAACUAUAUUGUAUCUUUAUAUUAACUAUAUGUAAGACAAUAUUAAUCAUUUCUUGUGGAUAUUUUACUUCCUAAUUUAUUGAGUGGGAGACCAUGUAAAUGAUUAUUAUUAAAAUCAUUAUGAUUAAAUGAUUUUUUAAAAACACAAGAUACGUUUACAAAGACUUUGUAAUCGAACAUGGGGAGGGUUUAAAGAAAAUGAAGACAUUUUGUAGUUUUUCUAUGUAUAUUUUGUAUGCUGGUUGAUUGUGCAUUAUUUAUCUUUAUAUG